AUGAAACAUUUCUUUUCCAACAGAAGUGAAAGCUUUAAUUUGGUGACCAUUACUCUGAGCGCCAGUGCCUGCGGGCUCUUAGUUAGACCGCACCCUAACAGCCUUCCCAUGUAUUAUCCGAGUCUCUUUGCCGGUGUCCGCCCUUUCGAGGGGCUCAGGGAUAGAGUCGACAAUCCACUGGAUUUAUCAGUCAAACAGACCGUCAGACCCGACGCUCCCGAACACCAGAACUUACAGCUUAUGAUUGAACGCAAGUUAGGCAUCGGUUCGCUCCCAUCCCGACAAAUGCCACAACAGAUGCCUCUUCUGGACACUAUGUAUGCGUAUAAACCCUUCAUGUCCGACCCGCCCGCCUGUGCUUUGGGAGGCGCCGCUCUUAUGAGCCCCUCUCUCGCCAGUCCCUACUGUACAUCCGCACCAUCGGCUUCGGGAAUCAGUCAUUUAGGACUCAUUCCGGAUCUGAUGCACCAAAACAGAGAGACGUUGGCACUCGAGGCCUCGUCGAUGACACCUUUCCCGUUGGAUGUGUCUGCUCUUCCGUAUCACAUGCGUAUCGGCAGUGCAACCGCCGCAGCCAUAGCUAUCAACAGCGCCAACCAAAGGGCGUACUUCGGCCACAACUCCAUGGGACCCGUUCUGCCGCCACAUAUGGGCGCGUCGUUCGGCCCCUCAAUCUCUCAUUACUCGCUCUACUCUGAUCUCCUCAAUGAUAUGAAUCGCCGACCCAUCGAACCCGAAAAGAGUGUCUUCAGUCCAUUGGCGUCAAUGCGAGCGCCGGCGGAGCCAACCACUCGCUUCUCAGAGCACUUGCAACGACUUCGCGACCAUAACCUCCACCACAGCAAGUGUUCGGCGCCCUGUUGUCAGCCCGCAUCCGCUCACCCGACAAAUGGAUGCAACUGUUGUAAUAUCGGACUCUCAAUCAAUAACAACAUGACAUCAAUGGUUGUGUCGCAGAUAUCUCCUCUUUCUGUGCCGUCUAAAGAAGUGUUCACUCAUUCGGCAAACAGUGAAAGUUCUUGCGGACAAUCUGUGAAUAUCUUUGACAGCAAACCCGAUAAAACAUCUCAAGUGAAAUGUGUUUCUCGUGUGGAGCCCAACACUAACAUAUGGGAGCCGUCGGUGGUUGUUGUCCAGCAAACAGCGUAUCACAAAGAAAACAAAGAACACGCGUCGGAGGAGAUCCACAAGACGUGCCAUAAAUACAAACCUCCGCCAAUGAUAUCACAUGAUGUGAUCACCAUUGAUGAGGAUUGCAAUGAUAUCGAGAUCACAGACGUGAAGCUUAAGUCAAACAAAAGCCAAAACUCAAUUGAAUCGAUUGGUUGUUCAGAAGAAAAUAGAGAUUCUUUGAGUGCGGAAACGAGUUGUGGUCAGAAGGAGAACACUCCGAGAGUGGAGUCCAGUGACCAUCGGAUCGACAAUAGUGUUAAGUGUAAUGAAAGUGAACGAAGUGUGGGAACAGUAUGUCAGCUCAAAAGUAUGUCAGCCCAAGUGAGGUCUGACUCAACACAAGAGACGGCUCAUCACAAGCAAAGCCAUAAUCAUAUGAAUAGAGAGACACAAAAGUCGAAUGAAGACAUUGGCGUCAAAAGUAAUGCAAUAAAACAGCUGAAAGACUACAAACAUCUGAACAAAAAUCAAAACAUGAAUGCAAUCGAUAAAAGACAUCCAAAAGAGACGAAAACAGUGGAGGUUCAGUGCAAUGGACCCGAUUGGACACCUAUUGUACUGCCGAUACAACUGAAGACAAAAUUACAAAAAACAGUUCGGCUUUCGUUGAGUGAUUCCAAGAGCACUACUAAGCGGUCGAUAACUCAUAAAAAAGAGACUAAAAAGAGUAAACAGAAGCACAUCCACAGCUAUCAUAGAAACCAUAACAGAUCGCGAUCUUCGUCCUCAUCCACUGCUUCCAGUAGAAGGUCUUCACCCGAAAACUCACAACACUUUGACGACAAUAGUUCCAAAUCGAAGAAGAAAUCAAUGCUUCAGUGUUUAGUCAAUUCCGACGGAUAUGUUGGCGACAAAAUCAAGGCCAACGCUCCCCAACACAACCUCAUUGUAUCGGAUCCGUCGCAACUCGGAAGAGAAGAACGCGCUCUUCAGCGCGCUAUCAAACACUUCGAAGAACUCCACAAACCAGAGAAGAGUUCAAUAGAGAGCUCACAGGUAUGGCACCAGAGGUUGACUUUCGUUUGCAUUAAUCCUGUGCUUCGCAAACAGAUCUCAUCGCAAGACAACGGAAGUAAUAAUUCUGAGACAAACUCUGAGUUCGAAAAUGAUAUCAAAAAGUAUCAGAAGAUUAUCGAAUCAGUGGUUAAUGAGAGUCGUUUCAAAGUGCAAUCCUCGGACUCUCCGAAGAAGUGUUCGAAGGAAAGGCCAGAGAAUGAAGACUCGGAUGAAUCGAUGGAUUCGUUAAGUAAAGCGAAGAACAAAGUGAAGUCAAACUCAAAGAAAAGAUUAAUCGAAAGCUUUGAGACAAAGGGAGGAAUGACUGUGAAGUUCAGCGAAAAGAAAGUCAAACCAAACGACGAGAAAAGCGAUGAGAAGAAGAUGACUGAACACAGCAUUGAAUGCAAACAAAAAAAGGCGAUAACGAGUGUUCGUCGGCGACGCUUCCGCUCGGGUCUCGAUAUGAUUCGACACCCGAACCGACGCAAGAAAACGCAUCCGUCGGCCAUUCGUGGCGGCAAAGGCUCGCACUUCGGCGAUCAUGUUCACCACAAAUCGAACUCGGAGUCGGCGGCCAAUGGGUCCUCAGAAGGCAAGCGCCUGAUGGUGAACAAGGCUUUGGGAGAGACUCUACUCCAUAGGGCCGCCCGCAGUAACCGAAUCGAUGUCGUCAACUGUUGUCUGCAGUCAAACACAUGUGAUGUGAACGCAAAGGAUAACGCAAACUAUACGCCACUCCACGAGUGCUCCACUCGAGGCAACCUCGAGAUCGCAGCCCUUCUGCUGCAGAGCGGUGCUCACGUGGAUAGCAGUGCCACCGGAGGCAUCAGACCUCUUCACGACGCCAUUGAGAACAACCACAUCGAAGUGGUGCGACUUCUCCUCUCAUACGGAGCCGAUCCUUACAUAAGCACGUAUUCCGGUGCGACUCCACUGCAGUUGGCGCGCUCUAAACACAUGACGGCAUUCCUCACAGGCUUUCUCGGCGACAUAUCAGGAGAUAAACAAAAGUCGAGUCAACCAUUGCUGUGGAAGUUCUCAGAAUCAGCACAUAUUUCAGACCCAAAACAAAUUGGAUUCAAUGUAUUCGAUGGCCUGCCGUCUGACGAGGAGGAGUCACAUGACUUCGUGUUUGAGGAAAGCGACAGUCCUUUGGAUCCGAGCUAUCGAUUGCGUAAUUCCAAAGAAUCAAAUCAUUUCAUGCGUUUGUCUGGUGUGCUCAAGAGGACGGCCAUAACGAGGGAUGAGUGGCUCAAAAGGCAUCCAAACAUUGAGAUCGUGUCGAUUGGCAGACAUGAACUGCAAAGGUCUACAAUCGGACAGUCGGUGUGCGACUGGGAGGCCGACGAUUCCAGCGCUGAAGAGAUGCUUGUUGUGGACGACAGCGUCAGAAGUAUUUUAGGAAUAGAGUCCUUAAGAUUGUGUUAAAAGUUACUGUUUUGUGAUCUCAAGUCUCAUUUGUAUCAUAUAUUGUGCCAAAGAUUGUGUUAAAUUUGCAUUUGUUUUCAUAACUCAUUUGAAUAUUAAUAUAUAUUUUAUGAAUAAAGCGAU